AUGGCUGACGCUGAAGCUAAAGCUGCCUUGACAAAGUUUGUGGCUGUGACCGAUAGGGUCAGUCAGUUCGAAGCCAGGGUCAAUACCCCAACAGACCCACCUCCGUCUGUUCACACUAACAAGGUCAGACUUCAGCAGAUACAAGCUCUUUGGGACAAGGUAGAGAAAGAGUACGAGACGUCAUCUGAGGUUCUUUCCUUAGUAGAUAGUACAGACACGAUGGAAGUCAUGCAAGCCAAGUAUGACUACUGCUAUUCUGUUUUUGAAAGAUGCGCUGCAACACUAAACGAAACGAUUGAAAGAGCUAGCGUUCAACCGAUUCAUGAACCGCCCACACCGGUGCCUCUGCCUAGUGGAUGCCGCGUCCCUCCAAUAGACUGUGAAAUUUUCAGUGGCGACUAUGUUCAUUGGCCGACGUUUCGAGACCUUUUUUCCGCCAUCUAUGUCGAAAAUCCGAGGCUUUCAGGCGUUGAAAAGUUGUUCCACCUCAACUCGAAAACGAGUGGAGAAGCAAAGUCUAUUGUGGCAUUAUCACCAUUGACUAACGAAGGUUUUGCGUCCGCAUGGGGAAAUCUGCAGACUCGUUUCGAAAACAAGCGACUGCUCGUCAACAGCCAGCUAAAGAUCCUGUUUAGUCUCCCCACUGUUUCCCAAGAGUGUGGCAAUUCCCUUAAGCACCUGGAGAGCACUGUCCAAGGUUGUUUGACAGCCCUGAAAAUAGCAAAAGUAGACAUAACAAACUGGGACUGUCUUCUCGUCUUCCUGUGCUCCUCAAAGCUGCCGAAGCUGACGUUGGCUCUGUGGGAACAGUCCCUCCUCAACCCAUCCGAGAUUCCAGGGUGGGAAGAAUUCAAGACCUUCUUACAAGGUCGUCAUCGAACCCUGGAGGCAAUUGAAGAAUUUAAACCUACUUUGACCACUCAAUCCAGAGCCCCACGUCCUGAAGGUGGGCCGCGGAUUAUCCAUAACUUUGAAAAUAGGGUCACCGUAAAUCCACAGUCGUGUAAACUUUGUCCAAGGGAGAACCAUCCGAUCCGUCUGUGUCCCCAGUUUUUGAAUAUGUCGGUUGCCGUCAGGGAACAGUGUAUUAAACAACAGAAACUCUGUCUGAACUGUUUUGCAAGAACCCACAUGUUGAGAGACUGCACGAGUACGCACAAUUGCUACACGUGCAAAGGUCGCCACAAUACUCUCCUCCAUCGCGGCGGCCCUCCACAACUCCAGUCAGCAUCCGAACCUGACCUCCAGCCAGAAAUACAGUCCACUCCGUCGAACGUCCAAACGUACCUCGCCGUGAACACGCAAGGGGUCCUCCUGAGUACGGCGCUCAUAGAAAUCUGCCACUUGGGCAUUAGGUACUCAGCACGUGCCUUAAUUGACUCCGGAUCCGAGGCGACCUUUAUUUCAGAACGGUUAUUCAACCUAAUUAAGUUCCCCUACGAAUCCAUACAAGCUCAAGUUUCGGGAGUAAACCAAACUGUUGCUGCUCAACCACGUAAGCGCUGCCAAUUCCAUAUAGGCUCCCCCAUUAAGCCACAAAUCCAAAUCGAAGCGUCUGCAUAUGUGCUACCACAUUUAGCCGGAAAUCUUCCAUCCUAUACGAUACCCGAAGGGUCGUUGAGGGACCUCCCUCCCAUCCAAUUAGCAGAUCCGAAUUUCUACCAGAGUUCGCAAAUUGACGUGCUCAUAGGCGCCGAUAUCCUUCCGUCGAUCAUUUUAGGCGGCUUCCAUUCAAAUGUUUGCGGAACACUCCUUGGCCAAGAGACCAUAUUCGGGUGGAUUCUUUGCGGCCCAAUCGCGAAGAAUCCCACUAACAGAAUAUCUUCCUUCUCAGCACGGUUGUCUGUCACCGAAUCUCAACUAGACGGUAUCCUCACCAAGUUCUGGGAGGUGGAGGAUGUUCCAGUGAAGCCGGGUAAGGAAUCCAGCUCGGUGUGUGAAAAUAAUUUCCAGCAAACCACCACAAGGGAUAAAGAAGGAAGGAAUGAAGUACGGCUGAGUAAAAACGCUCUUUUGAGAAAGCAGUAUAACUCAGUUAUUCAGGAAUAUUUAGAUUUAGGUCAUAUGCACCUAGUCUCUCCAAAUGACGACUCCAGCAAUUUUUACUUGCCGCACCACGCGGUUUUCAAGCCAGACAGUACGACCACAAAGGUUCGCGUGGUGUUUAACGCCUCCAAUAAAUCGUCAAACGGGUACAGCCUAAAUGAUAUCCUUCAUACAGGUCCGGUACUGCAAUCUGAUUUAACCACCCAGAUCCUCAAAUGGCGUUUCUUUAAAUACGUCUUCAAUGCUGACAUCACUAAGAUGUAUCGGCAGAUUCUCGUCCAUUCCGAUCAUACACGUUUCCAAAGAAUCCUGUUCCGCGAUAAAGAGGGAAAACUCUGUGAUUAUGAGCUCAACACUGUCACUUUCGGCGUUAACUGUGCCCCUUUUUUGGCCAUACGCGUGCUUCAACAACUGGCUCAUGAUGUACGUGACCAAUAUCCUUUGGCAAGUGACAUAAUUUCUAGUUUUAUGUAUGUCGAUGAUGUUUUAGCCGGCACCCACACGCAGCAGUCCGCUAUUUCAGCCAUCAAAGAGCUCCGCGGUGCCCUAGAGAGUGCGGGCUUUCCACUGCGCAAGUGGACCUCAAACGAGAAGAAACUUUUACAGGGCAUUCCAAAGGAACACUUGAUUAGGGCCGACUUUCUGGAAUUGGAAGACGCCAGUAUGGCAAAAACUCUGGGAAUCCGUUGGCAUGCGACAUCGGACAGUUUCCUCUUCCUGCCGAUGGAUAUUUCUCUCCAAACAACCUACACCAAACGAGAGGUUUUAUCCCAGAUAGCCAAACUGUUUGACCCAGCAGGAUGGUUAUCGCCAUUUAUUGUUCGGGCAAAAAUGCUCAUGCAAGAAAUUUGGUUGCGGGAGUUAAGCUGGGACCAGCCUCUUCCGACUGAUCUUGUCACAAGGUGGCGUAAUUUUCUUGAGGGGUAUCAGACUUUGAAAGAAGUUCGCAUCCCAAGAUGGGUAAGAUUUCAUCCAGCAGCAAAACUGCAGUACCACGGGUUUUGCGAUGCAUCGCAGAGCGCCUAUGGUGCUGCCAUCUUUGUUCGCGUCGAAACGACUGAUGGCUGCUUCACCCACUUGCUUUUGUCCAAAACCCGAGUUGCUCCAGUAAAGUCCCUUUCCAUACCGCGAUUAGAGCUGUGCGGUGCGGUGCUUCUCUCCGAACUCGCCGCAGCAGUUCUCUCCGAAAUGCCUCCUACUCAGUAUGAUACAUAUUAUUGGACAGACUCCACGAAGUCUUGCAUGGCUAAGCAAGCCAGCAUGCACUUGGACUACAUUCGUUGCCAACAGAGUCGCGAAAGUUGA